AUGUCUGGCCGUGGAAAGGGCGGGAAGGGUCUCGGCAAAGGCGGAGCCAAACGGCACCGUAAGGUGUUGAGGGACAACAUCCAGGGCAUCACCAAGCCGGCGAUCCGCCGCCUGGCCCGCCGCGGCGGCGUGAAGCGCAUCAGCGGCCUCAUCUACGAGGAGACGCGCGGCGUUCUGAAGAUCUUCCUCGAGAACGUCAUCCGUGACGCCGUGACCUACACCGAGCACGCCCGCCGGAAGACGGUGACGGCCAUGGAUGUCGUCUACGCUCUCAAGAGGCAGGGCCGCACUCUGUACGGGUUCGGCGGUUGA